UUUACUUCACUUGCUGUUUUCAUUAACUUUGUAUAACUGAAAGUAAACAAUAAUAGCAUGUCGGCUAUUAGCAGUCUUGUCCCUGCACGGUUUCUCACCAUCAUAGCUCACCUUGUCAUUGUUAUCACCAUCUUCUGGUCAAGGGAAAAUAAUGUGAAGGCAUGUUUACCUCUGGAUUUCACACAAGAGCAGUAUGACACUGAAGACAAAAAACUGGUGGUAGCUCUGGCAGUGACUCUCGGUCUGUUUGGAAUCGAGCUGGCUGGUUUCUUUUCAGGAGUGUCCAUGUUCAACUGCAGCCAAGGUCUCCUGUCUACAGGAGUCCAUGCUAGUGCCUCAGUGGCUCUGCUUUUCUUUCUGUUUGAGCAGUGGGACUGUGACAUCUACUGGUGGAUCCUUGCCAUUUGCAGUGUCCUGCCAGCCUUUGUGGAGGUUCUUCUGUUUAUUGCAGUUUUUGGACUGAAGAAGAAGCCCUUGUAAAAGGCAAGACAUGAAAAUGAUUCAGCUCCGUCUGGUCAAAGACACCUCUCAGAGUAAUAACAGAUACUGUAGACUGAAGACCCAUGAGUUAGUAAUGAUCUACAGAAGAGUGACCUGACGAAAAUGGCCCUGAUACUUUACAGAACAGCACCAGCAAACAUCAAGGAACAAGAGAAGUCUUUCUUUUUUAUAUUUGAAAG